AUGGCCGACGGCAACCAGCAAGACGACAUGCCAUUGGACGUACGAAUGCGAAAUCUCAUCUUGAAGAAUGCUGAGAAGUCUCAGACUGAGGGAGACCCGUCUCCAAAAUCGCGACAGAAGCGACCAAAUCAGGCACAACGUCGCCAAAUGUCUUCUCAGUUGAACAUCCCCAUCGACCACCGCUCCGUCCAAGCGCAGGAAAACCGACACCAUGGGAAUUUCUCCAGCCAGUACCACCACCGCCAGAACCACCAGCAUCGAAAUCAACGUUCGCAGCCGAAUGCCAUUCCGCCAGCCAACAUGCACGACGGCUACGCGAGAGGCGGUCCUCCACCUCAGAACCGUCACCAUCCCUCACCGUCUUACCCAGGCUUCUCGUCUUCGCCUGCUCACUCUGACUGGAGACAGCCAGGCGGUGGUCAGAUGGGGUAUCAGGGAUACCAGACUGGUCCAGCACGUUCGAACCCCUUUGGGAGGAAUUCUAUGACCCAAGGCCGCUCGUUGUACAACCCGCACCUUGACCAUGCUCAGCCGGACAAUCUCGAGGCUCAGGUCGCCCUUCUAGAGAAACUCACCACGACAAUACUCGCCAAUGCCGAGAUUGACCUUGCUCAGAUCCAGGAGAAAGAGAACUUUCGGCUGCUCAUAGAGGAAGCAUGCCGAGCCGCCAUUACUGAACACCACAAUGCGAUCAGUGGCCGGUCCGACUUCCCGCCCAUGUCCGUCCAGCUGCGAUGCUUCGGCAGCUUGGCGUCCGGAUUUGCCACCAAAUCUGCCGACAUGGACCUUGGGCUUCUCUCCCCCCUCUCUCACCCACAGCCUGAUGCUCCCGGCUCGGAGAUUCCUCGCAUAGUGGAGAAGACCUUCUUGAACAUGGGCUUUGGUGCCCGUCUGCUCACCAAGACCAGAGUGCCUAUCAUCAAGGUCUGCCAGAAACCUCCGCAGAAGCUUUACGCAGACCUCUUGGAAGAGCGGGAGAGGUGGGAGAGGGGAGAUGAGGAGGACCAGGACCUCGAAGAGGAUGAUCCUCACGAUGAUCCCUACCAGGCCCAGCUCAAUAAGUUGAAGCAGGGAGGAAAGGCUUUGUCAACUUAUUACGGGGCUGCAAAGAAGUUGCUUCGAGAACUUGGGGGACGAGACAUCACCAAUUCCACGGCAGCAAGCUUCAGCAAGGGUGAUUUCCGCAUCCUCAACGAUGUCUGCUCUGCCUUUGUCCACGGCCUGGCCGAUGGUGACUUGAGGACGCGACUGCAGAGAUAUCUGUCCCUCUCUUUCGAUUCAACAGCUCCCAUGUCCAUCAAUCGUUCGAUAUAUGGAGUCAUUUUACAGAUCGAGGGUGAAAAGAUGGUCAUGGCUUGGGAGUCACGCUCCAUCUAUGAGAAGGAUCAGCAAUCUGAGAUGAGGGGAAAACUACGGAUCAAUCAGUGGAUUGAUCUUCAGAACAGGCCAACUUUCGGCUUGGACCCCCUCGCUUACAACAAAGAGCUCCAGCUUGCGGUCGAGACGCUCAGGAAUAUUCCCUCGGUUGCCUUGAUUCUUCUAGAGCAAGGUCAAUUCGAGUCAGCCUCAUCCUACCACAGUCGAGUCAUCAAGCUGAUGGUUGAGCUGGGUGGGCAGCACCUCUCGGCCGCUCAAACACCGUUAUCAAUUGCCAUCGUCCAACAAUAUGCACACGGCAUAUACGAUACCGCAAUUCGAUCGCAGGUCACGAAAUACAUGCGCUCUGUGGACAUGCCCAGUCUUCAAGCGGUUGCAAGACGACACAAAUCUUUGCAACUUGCCCGAGAACUUGAGAAGGCCCUGGAUAAGGACCUGUAUUCGCCUGAUGAUCGAGCUGACAUUCAACGUUAUAUUGAGCUAUUACGUGGGCCAAUGGAAUCCGGCGAGAGGCCUGAAGUGCAAUCUGGUUAUGUGCUGCCCAUGACGCGGGAAGACUGGGCGUUGGUAGCCAAGAUGCGCGACCUUCCAGACCCGUCUCGUAUGACCCCGAACCAGCCUCGCGAUCGCUAUCAUGAUCGGCUAGAGUAUCCCAAAAACGGCAUCGGUGUUCAGUGCGAUAUCAACUUCUCGGCGCAGCUCGCACUUCAGAACACGUAUCUGCUGAGAUGUUACUCUCUUACGGAUCCUCGCGUCAGACCAAUCGUCCUGUUCGUCAAGCACUGGGCUAAAGUUCGAGGCAUCAAUACCGCAUACCGCGGAACGCUGUCCAGUUACGGCUAUGUUUUACUCGUGUUGCAUUAUCUCAUGAACGUUGCUCGACCCGCCGUCUGCCCCAACCUGCAGCUCCUGGCGCCGCCAGUGCCUCCAGAUCUCACUCCAGAGCAGAUCGAGAACUCGGUUCAGUGCAAGGGUAGAGAUAUCCGAUUCUGGAGGGAUGCGGACCAAAUAGCCGACGCUGCUCAGCGCGGCUUACUGAGUCAGAACACUGAGAGUAUCGGCUUUCUUCUGCAUGGCUUCUUUGAGUACUACGCUCAGAACAAAAUCAUGGGCGCUGGCCACAUGCGAGGCUUCGACUGGGGUAGGGACGUCAUCAGCAUCCGUUCUCUUGGGGGCCUCUUGACCAAGCGGCAGAAAGGUUGGACAGGUGCGAAGACGGUGCUCGAGGUCCAGCAGCCCGACAAGCCUCCUGUCGCGACAGAAUCAGUGGCCCAGACACCAAACCUUGCGCCGGCAGCUGAAAGUCAGGACGACGGUCCAUCAGGUUCAGCAGCCCAUCCACUACUACCUUCGCCCGGCCUUCCUACCGUGCCAGCGUCUGUUCAAGACCGCGGUAAGCCCGAAGUCAAGGAAGUGCGCCACCGUUUUCUAGUUGCGAUUGAGGAUCCCUUCGAGUUGGAUCACAACGUUGCCCGAACGGUCACUCACAACGGCAUUGUCUCGAUCCGCGACGAGUUCCGCCGCGCCUGGAGGAUCAUCCAGAAUGCCGGAAAGGGCCAGUCAGAUGAAUACUUGUUACGGGAUGUCUCUCUGGAAGAGAAGAAGACUGACCAGUCAUCCUUCUGGGAGCUCCUGGACGACAUUCAUGGUCAGCCGCCUCCGAGUAUGACAGCUUAGCUCGUAGUAGUUGUGCUUAUUGUAUGGGCAAAUUGAGACUAUGCUUGUGUGGCAGGGAGUCCGUUAAAGGGAACCGAGUUUUUGGAGGGGUAAUUUUGCUGGCAUUGAAGGGUGCAUCAUUUGAUGCAUAGGCAUUGGCGCUUGAUUGUCUGUAUUGGUAUUCUACUCAAUUGAAGGAGCAUCUGCGAC